AUAGAGCUCAAGGGGAGGGAAAGACCUUGUUUCCGGUCACCCGGCCGGCUCUGCCAUCAUCCAAUAGAAAAGCGACUUUUAGGAAAAAGUGCCUCCCUCUCCUUCCUCUUCGGAGCAGGUUUCCCAGCAAGCAUCGCGCUUGUUGGCGUCUUCGGGAAGAUGGCGGCGGGGACGGGUAGUGAGUGGGGGUCUUUCUUUGGGGAAGGAGGGGCUGGCGCGGAGAGGGGAGCUAGGGUUGGCCCCGCCAUAAAAAAAAAGACUAGAGAAGGAUGCCUGUUUCUUGGUUGAGCGAAGCUUCGUUUGUUGUGUCAGGUGUCAGGCAACUUUUAACAUGACUUUAAGAAGGGUUGGUUGGGAGGUGGCUUGUCUAAAGGGCCUCCGAUGACAGGUCAGUUUUCUCCUUAGCUGAGGUACCCAGGAAUAACAGCAUAAGGUAAAGGUAAAGGGACCCCUGACCAUUAGGUCCAGUCGUGGCCGACUCUGGGUAGUAAAAAGCCUUAUGCUUAGCCAGACAAACGGCUUAUUUGUUCAUACUGACUGGCAGUGACUUUCCAGGGCUUCAGACAGGAAUCUUCCCUACCACUAAAUGAAGGCACCUCUUCAGGGUUUCAGAUGGGAAUGUUUCCUGAGGUUAACAGGAAAUUAGCCCUGUGACUUUUUGCAUGCAACAUAUAUUCUCUGACAUUGAGUUGUUACCAGUAGACUUUUCAUUGAAUUGACUUUUAGUGUGGCUUUUUGGGCGUGGGGCAUGGAGGGUGUAGGGGCUUGAAAACCAAACUUUUAAAAGCAGCAUGGAUUGAGAUAGAUUUAAUUUAGUUUGAGGGUUCUUUUUAACUAUGUGGGCAUGUUACAACACCGUAAUGUUUAUCUUUUUCCACAUCAGAGCACAAGUUGCUGAGUGCUGGGCCUACAGAGCCAUGGUCUAUCCGGGAAAAACUUUGCUUGGCUUCUUCGGUCAUGCGGAGUGGAGACCAAAACUGGUAAGAAACUGGAACAUAGUUUAAUAAUAAUAAUAAUAAUAAUAAUAAUAAUAAUAAUUUAUUUGUACCCCGCCCAUCUGGCUGGGUUUCCCCAGCUACUCUGGGCGGCUUCCAACAAAGAUUAAAAAUACAUUAAAAUGUCACACAUUAAAAACUUCCCUGAACAGGGCUGCCUUCAGAUGUCUUCUGAAUGUCAGGUAGAUCUCUUUGACAUCUGAUGGGAGGGCGUUUCACAGGGCUUUGCUUCUCGCAAUGAGGGAACCACCAGAAGGCCCUCGGCACUGGACCUCAGCGUCCGGGCAGAACAAUGGGGGUGGAGACACUCCUUCAGGUAUACUGGGCCGAGGCCAUUUAGUGCUUUAAAUGCAUAUUUGAAUGCAUAUUGUUUAACUUUAUUACAUAUUUCAUAAAGAACCCUCAAUUGAUUUGUGGUGGCUCUUAUUCCAAACACAAGAAGUAAUUGAAUGCCCUUUGUGAUCCUAACUUUGCAUGUGUUGGAAAAAUUAUUAAAAACAGAAUUGUAGGAUCGCAAGACUAGGAAGCAUACCAAAAACCUACUGACAAGGGAUUUUCUAAACAUUAGCCAAUGAGCUUGAACUUAUAACCCAGCUACAUAUUACGUAGUCAACUAUGCUAAAAUAAUCUUGUGUCAGAUAAUUUCAAAAUAUAAUUCUAAAUAUAUAAUCAACAAUAUACGUUGGUGAAAAAAGGGGAGAAAUGGUUUAGGAAAUGGGCUUUAAUAGAAAAUUGAGCGGGUAUCUACAUCUGCACUGUGUCGUUAUUCAUAUGUAGUAGUAGUUCAGAUGAUUGUUAACACCAAAUAGUAAUACUGACAACUGGAUAAUUUGGGCUUCCAAUGAAAAACUGAUUUAGAAGGAUGAAGGUGUGCUUUUAUAUAGAGGUUCAAGAUGGGGGAAGCUGUUCUUGGGGACUAUGUGAAUAUCUCUAAGGGUCUCAGAGCUGAACUGCGGGUAGUUUUCUGGCAAGCUGUUAAUAGUUCAGGAGGCUUUCACGUUUCUGCUUGCCAGUGUUCUGUUAUCCUCUUGCAAGUGUAUUUAGCAUCAUCCUUCCAGUCAUGGAACUGUAAGUACUAAACCUACAAGGCAGGGUGGUGGUGGUAUCUUAGCUGCACAGCAGCAAAAUCAACCACUCUUUCUAGCUCCAAAUAUGGGCUACAGGUGGUUAGACUUGUAGAAGUCAGUUGGCCCAUAACCUGUUAUAUUGGGCCCACCAGAGUAUGCACAGCUCCAGCAGAGUCAUCCGGCAGAACUUCAAAGUCUUCUUCUCUUCCAGUAGUCAGUAUUUUCCAGAGUUCCCUGUUAAGAAAACUCCUUUCUCACACAGUUCAGUUCAAAGUAUAAAGUGUUUAUUGUCUCACAGCACAAGACAAGCAUAGGCACAUUACUUACGUAAACUUUAAGAGAUGCUGCUACAUCAUGAACUUAUUAACUACAAAGCAGUUCUCUGAUCUUACAGAUAAACCUAGUAAUGAUCCAAGUUUGCAGACAGAUCCACUAGCACUUUACCAUGCUAUCUCACCAUGCUAUACUUUACUAUACAGCAUGUAACAUCCACCAAGAUGAUAAAAGCUCACACUAAUGCAAAUGCUGCUGAAUCCAGCCUUGGCUUUAUAACUACCACUGCACAUACACACAUUCCUAGAGAAAGGGGAGGGGAUAAAACGUGCUAUAGGCCUUUGACCUUUGACUGUUUCUAACCACCCACUUGCUGCUGGGUUUUUCUUUAAACAAAAUCCAAAUGUGGGAGAUGGGUUUCUCAAAACAUGGCCCAAGCACUUGGUGCAAUUUCACCCAUUUUUUUCUAAGUUACACUAACACAGAAGAGCAUAGGAGAUUUGGCGGGUGUGUGUGGAAUAGACCUGUUUUUUUCUGAAAAGAAGUGGGGAAUGAAGGAAAGUUUCCCCCAAUUUUUGUGGACCUUCACAUAGGCACCCUAACUACCACAAUGUGGGGGAUGAGGGUUACUUAAAAUGAGCUCUAGUUAUGGGGCACAAUGUAACAUAGUCAUUUUCAGAAAGUAUUGCAUUAUCUGUGGGUCAAAGUUUCCCCAGUCCAAUCAACUGGUGACCAAACCUUCCCCACUAUAUUUUGCCCAGCAAAGGAGGGAAGAUCUUGAAACUUUCUUCUUUUUCUCUAGGGUGUCUGUCAGCAGAGCCAUCAAACCCUUUGCAGAGCCAGGCCGCCCACCUGAUUGGUUUUCCCAAAAGGUAGGGUGCUUAAAUUUCACAUCAUAAUAGGCUUUCAUUUGACCUAUGGGGAAUACCUGUUCAGGGGACUCCCUGUAAGGAUCUAUUGCAUGUUAAAUGCGUAAAACAUGUUUAAAAUCAUUUGCCAGGAAAGUAUACUUCCUAGCCCACAUAUCUGGAAACAGCUUUAAUAUGUGGAAUGUGUGUUAUAUAAACUACCCCAAGUUUUUGUCUCAACUCAGAUUCUUAGUGCUGUCUGUUGUGAUUUAUCUUCUGAAAUCUGUAUGCACUUUUAUUAUCUUUUUUUUAGCAUUGUGCAUCACAAUAUUCUGAGCUUCUGGAGACCACAGAGACCCCAAAGUGAGUUCAAAGGCCAAACCACCUCUUUGAGUGGGGUGGGACAGGGCAGGACUUCACAUUGCAAGAAAGAUACUGUGUAAUGGCAAACUACUGCGUUAUAGACUAUUAGAGAACUGAAGAGGAAUGACAGUUUGAACACAGCAUACGAAAGUACCUGAAACGCUGCUUCCUGACCAUCUUUCUUUUUAAGUCUGGCUCCCAGAAAUUAUAGUAACUUGCAUACUUUACCCUAAGCUAAAUUAUUUGGUUACAAAGAAAGAUAAUGCUCUGGCAGAACAAUCCAAACCCUGGCUGGGCAGUCACAAAACAUGAAAGAAGGGCACAGCCACAGUCUCAUCUAGUUCCAUCCAGACCCAUAGCUCAUGCUGGCCAGGUGGGGGGUAGACAGAAUGCUGCCGGAGCAAUCAGGCCCAUUGCCAUCAAAUGACAGCAAUGAGGCCAGCUUGGAAUCAAAUGGAUUCUGGAUUAGCUCAGGCUCUUCUGACCACCUCCAGAAUGCUGCGUUCUGGUUUGGGGAGUACUGUAGAUGUGUUUCUAAUAUUUUUGUAACCUGUGCUUUACUUGGGGGUCAGUUCGACAACAUUCCCUGGGAAAGAGCAGUAGGAUGUUUAAAUCUGCAAAAGUCACUCAGCUUUAGAAGCCAAACACUUUUUCAUAUAUGUUAUUGUGUCUUGUGACUGAAUCAUUUGUUCUGUUUUAUUUAUGUUUCAGUCCCUAUAAAUGGUACAAUGUACAAUGUUUGGGAAGGUAGGCUUCUUGCAAUUUCCCAUACAAAUUUCCAAAGUGGCUGGCUGAUACUUAGGCUGUAGUGAUCUUUUUAAGAUUGCGUUUCCACUGAGUUGCAGAAUAGCAAAAAUGGGAAAGAGAUAAUUGGAACAAGGAAGAAUAAGGUGGGAUAUGUGAGGGCAAAAGGUGCUGUGUAUGGGAAGAUUGAAAGCCAUUACUGGUUGCUAGAUUGUUUUCUCCUUUUUUGUGUAGAAGAAAGCGUGGUGAGAAGGGAGAAGUGGUAGAAACUGUGGAAGAUGUAAUUGUGAGAAAACUGACAGCAGAACGGGUUGAGGAGUUAAAGAAGAUGAUUAAGGAGACGCAGGAAAAGUACAGGUACUUAUCAGAUUUUUUGGAGUCUGGAGCUCUUGAAAACCCUGGUUGCUUUAGGGCAUGUGAAUAAUGAUAACGUGGAUCAAACCUAUCUGUGUUGUCUCUACAGGCAGCUGAAGAGGGAUGCAGAACUGAUCCAGGCAGGGCACAUGGACCAUAGGCUGGAGGAACUGUGCAAUGACAUUGUGGUGUGGGUUAUCUUAUUAUUUCCCUGCUACAGCUUUUCUUUCUUUCUGGGACUUCAUAUCUGAGCCCUCAGAUUUAGUUCUUAGCAUUGCAACGAAAUGAUUGAACUUGACGCUUCUUGGCUUUAUGGCAUCAUUAUCCCAUGUGGUGCAAUUGCCCAAGCUUUGUAGCAUUUGCUCACUUUCUCUCCCUCAUCCCAUGGCUUGCAAGGCCUUGUGGCUUUUGAAGUAGAGCUUUGAGGGCAUUCUUGGGAAAUGGUCCUGAUAUCUGGCCUGAUAUUUUUAAGGUCUUGGCUGAAAAGCCUGCCUCAGGGCUUAAUUGUGAGCAGUUACUUAUUAUAUUAGGGACUGUGGGAUAUCUGUCUUAACACACCCAUGGGAAGCACCUCCGUUUUGCACCCAAUAGCCUAGUGUAACAUUGAACUUGGUUAUUUUUUUCAGGAAGAAAAGAAUGGAAGAGGAGGAAGCAGAAGUGAAGAGAAAGGCUACAGAUGCUGCUUAUCAAGGUUAGUUGGAAGCCAGUUUUUGAUCCCAUAGAACCAAACUCCUGGAGGUAAACAUGUUUAGUGGUGCAACUGAGCUGAGACAAAGAAAGAGGUCUUACAGGUAGAUGGAUGGGGUCAGCCUGAUUUCCUCAGUCUUUCCUUUGUGAAGUGGAAGACAGUGUAUGAUUUUCAGAAGCCUCUCCCUUCUUCAAAGACUGUCCUCAGUAUUAGAUGCCAGGUUUUGGUUCAAGAAUCCUAAGGGAAGGCAAAAUGCCAGAGGGAUUCUUCUAAGACAAAAAGAUGAAGUAAGAAAGCUUCCUGGAUUAGUGAUGAAUAAGCCACUGAGGAAGAAUUUGCUACCAGUUGCGUAUUCUGAUUCUUUAUGCUGGGAGAAACGGCAGGAAUUCAUUAGCACCAAGAAUGUUUGUGAUGGUGUUUUGGGGAUCAUUUCAUCUUGUGCUGAGAUUUCUUAUCUAUCAAGGUGAUUCUUUGAACUUCUUGACUGAAUUUUCGGCAUUUUCCAGCUCGUCAGGCAGUUAAGAACACAUCACGAAGACCUCCAGGAAUUAUGGUCCGUUCUCCUGCAGGCUCAACCUCGCCAGGAGCAGACUACAGUCUGGGUGACUUAUCUCAACCCACGUUGGAAGAGGCUAGUCCAGGGGUAAGGAUAUGGCAAGAAUGAGAAACCAUUGAGACCCUAUAGGUCUCUCUGCAGUUUUCCCAAACUUCUUGCCCCCCCUUUUUUCUUUUAUAAUGUUGAUAGCUUGCAUGCAACCUUUUCCAGAGAACAAAGCCUGCUUUGUGCUGUGUGGCAAAAGGUUGAAAUGCACUUUGGUGGUAACUGCUAGUGUAGGUCUGAAAAGGUGGAGGUGCACAAAGGGCUGAGGGGAGCAAGAGUGAUGGAGGAGGUGCUUGGGGUAUGCUUGGUCAUUGGCCCCGGUGGGAGGGGUGAUUGGGACUUGUCAGGAUGAUGAGGAUGUGGCAUUGAACAGUGUGGUUUUUCUCUUUCUCAGGUAACUCCAGGGACAUUGCCCAGCACCCCAGUUGCCUCCUUCAUUGGGAUCCCUGACACCCCUAUGGGCUCCACCUCCCUGGAUGCCCCCAUGACCCCAGUCACAGAUGAUUCAGCCCAGAAAAAGAUGCUAGGACAGAAAGCAACUCCGCCUCCUUCUCCUCUGCUUUCAGAGCUGCUGAAGAAGGGCAGCCUCCUGCCCACAAGCCCCAGGCUGGUAUGGAGUUCCCUGCUUACAUAUGCAAUAGUCCUGGUGAAUCUCUGUGACUGACUUUCACUGGAAAGGGCAAAAGGCCCAAGCAUUUUUCAAAGGGGGAAGCUUAGAUAGGCCUUAAAUGCCACAUGUUAAUUUUGGCUGCUAUAUAGCAAAUUUUCCAAGCUCCACAAAGCAUGCAGCAUCUUGGUCAUUUAUACGAUAACCCUAUAUGGCAGGCCAGUAUUAUUAUCUGCAUGUUACAGCUGUGGGGAAGAGUGACUGUCCUAAGUGGGUUCAUAACAGUAAGAUGACAUUUGAACUGGGAAUUUUUAGUUCAUGAGUAAACAGGGUUGAAGACCAUACACAGCGGUAUUAAGGAAAUGCAGUUGCAGAUUGGUUGGGAUUUUUAUUGCUUUUUUAAAAAAAUUGUUCUAAAUGGAGAUUGGUUGUUUCUUUAAAAAAAUAUUUAUUAUACUUAAUAUGUUGUUCAAACACGGGGCUCCCAGUGAUUUCUCAUCCAAGGGAUUUGAUCAGAACCACAAUGGUUAGCCUCCAGUGCUUCAACAUUAACUGCUUCCUGAUCACUCACUGGACUUAUUUUUAGUGUGGUUUGUUUAAUAAUUUAGUCCUAAAUAUGUUGUAAAUCACCUCGAAGUAUGGGAGAGGUGGGAUAAAAAUAUUUUAAGUAAACAUUGAGCCUACAAAAGAGGAGAAGGAGGCAAUCAAGCUGCAUACAGUGAAAUUAAAACUGUGUGUGUGUAUGUACACACACGCAGAGAGAGAGAGAAAAACUAUUUUAUGUAACAGAAAUUAUAUACCAUUUACCAGAACAAAAAAGACUUUUAGAUGGUUUACAACAUCUUAUGACAAACUAGGCAUGAUUUAGUGCAAGAACUUUAGGAAACCUCACACAAUUACACAAUAAUUUGUAUUUUUGCAUUGCAAUCCCAUGCACCCAGGUAAGUGUGUAUGGCAUGGCAGCCAUAAUGUAUUUUGUUUUGCUCUCUUAAUAUAUUUAGAGCUUGUUCACUGCCUGCAUGUGGCGGGAUCCCCAAAGAGCAGGGGUGUGUGAAGAAACUGUAGCCCUCCACAUGUUGGACUCCAACCCACAUCAGCCCCAGACACAUGGCCAGUUGUGUUUGGGCUGAUGGGAAUUCUAGUCCAAUAAUCCCCAGAGGGCCACAGCAUUCCCAUCUGUCCCAUAAAGUCUAUCUUCUUUCACCAUUGGUGAGUGUGCAUGGGCAGGUGGAAUGGACACUGUGUGGAAUGGGAGGAUUUGCAGCCAUAUGGGGAUCCCUUCAUAUGAGUAAGGUCAUCUGGGCUGUGUGUGACCAUCUAUGCAAUGUAAUCUUUGCUUCAUAUACACCUUGGUUAUUUUUUCCUUCUCUCCUGUGACUUUUUAGUACAUAGUGUUUCACUUUGUGUUUUUAGCAUUGAUUAUAUUGGGGAGGUGGGCUUGGAAAAAAAUCUGUCUUGUGUUUCCAAGGAAAGCUCUGCAAUUUUCUCCUUUUUGAGCUGAUCUUUCCUGUCUGGCAUUUCUAACAAAUUAAGCCCAGCUAACCUGAAUUUCUAGCCAUGGAUGAGAAGCAGAGUGUUAUUUCUUUGGAUGAGAAUGAGGGAGUUUUUUGUUUGGGAUUUUCCUUGCCUCUGUACUUGAUUGACUUUAUUUACUUGAUUGACUUUAUCCAUGUUGCUGGCUCCUUGCUUAAAUGCUACACGGGAGCAGCCGGAGCACCUUGGCGGAGCCAGCUGCAAGAACCUGAAUUAGUUUUAUUGGUAGUACAGGCAAGACCUUGUUGUAUGUGGAUAGCAGUGGGAGAGUCUGUGUAUUGGUUUUUAGUAUGUGAAUAUCCUUUGGCAGGUGGGUGAGAGCGACAUGACAGUAGUUUCUGGUCACACAAGCAGCUCUGGUCUCCUCCUGGAAGUGGGAGGGGUUCUUCCAGGGCUGCACGGUGGAGAAAUGCAGUCAGCUUCAACUACUGUUCCUGCAUCUCCUGCUGCUUCAGGUAGGCCUAUUCUGCUAUUGUUGUGUUUUUCUCUCUUCUGCAUUCGUAUCCUAGAGUUGGAAGGGGCUUCAGAAGAUAUCCACUGCUACAGUGUGUAAUUUCUGGUCUGCCAUUUGUGUUGAGAACAGCAGGGGAUGUCCUGUUUCAAAUAAUGUGAAUAAAUCAAGAACAUAUUCUAUGAAAGCUGAGACCUUGGAAGACCAAAUAUGUAAUUUGCAUGGCAAAGCCUUUCGUCAAAGCUUUGCUUGUAUGUGUCGGGGCUUUGUGUGAUGUUUGAUCAUGUUACUUUGUGUUAUGAAUGUUAUUGCCUUGAUUCUCUUCCUUAAAUCACUUUGUUCGCUUACUUCCCCUUAAUCUCAUGUUUAGCUUAAUGUUCCUUUCCACUUCCUCCAUUCUUUUGGUAUGUUUGUUCUUGGUAUGAGCUUUCGUGUGCAUGGUAUCUGAAGAAGUGUGCAUGUACACGAAAGCUCAUACCAAGAACAAACUUAGUUGGUCUUUAAGGUGCUACUGGAAGGAAUUUUUUAAUGCACUUUUGUAUGUAUUUAACUGAUAGCUUGAGACUUUUAUCUGAGCCUUAGUGUGUCCUUUUCCCCUGCUCCCCCUUUCCUCCCUCCUUCCCUACCUCUCCGCUGCCCUCAUUGUUAAGCACCUAGUGGUAGGCUGGUGGUGGGGAACCUAAUUAGGUCCGCUAGACCUCAGCAGUUAGCCCACUAGGUUGAGAUCUAUAGGUAUAGGGUGGUAUACAGAUUUCAUAAAUAAUAUUUUUCCCUUGUUUUGACAUCUUAUGGCAUCAAGUGCAGGAAAGUUCAAGCAGGAAAAGUUUAAUAAUAAUAAUAAUAAGAGGAGAAAAAGUGUGAAUAUAUUCCUGAAUCUUCUGUUGGAGCCGGGGUUUGAAGUUUGUCAUGUAAUGUCCUACGACAUCAGCUAAUUAACCCAAGGAGGCUCAGCCACUUUUGGAUCCAGCUCUCCAGUGUGAUCCAAUUUCUCACCCCUUGUAGAUGCAAAAGGAUAAUACAAACAUAAAGAUUGGUGCCAAGUGCAGCACAAAGUAUCCUGAGAAUUUCAACUUUUUAAAAAAGUAGUUUUCUGGCCCAUUUUAAAACAAUGUUAAAAGUGUGAUUCCUGAGGAAAAUGCAGGUGUUGGGGAAGUGAUGUAUUCUAUAUUGGUUGCAGAAUUCACCUUCUCUUGGUCCAAAUAUUUCCAGAGCACUGUUAACAUGGUGCAUAUACAGGCUUGGCUUCAGAGUUCUGCAUCAGACUUUGUCUGCUCCAGCCCUGCUACAUGACAUAAGAUCUUGAUUGCUGCCGAAUUGCCUUCCUAGCUUGGUCCUCCUUUUUUUUAAAAGAUCAUUCUCACAAUGAUAAACCUUAUAAGGAAAGAAAUGUGGGCUCCAAGUCUGCUAAACACUCCGGAUUCAGCAGACGACUUGUGUUGAGCUUCCAUGAAAGGCCUUUUAUACUUUACUAGCUCCCAUGGCUCCAGAAUCCUGCUCACUCCCUUCUUUCCCCUAUCCGAUUUCAUCUAUACCAAAAUAUUGUGAAUUCUGCACACCUUUAAAUACUGAAAAUUGAAUUUAGGUUUUGCAACUAAAGGGAAAGCUAUGAAAACCUCCUAUGAUUUGUUCAGUGUACGAAAACGUGGUUGUUUUGCCCCAGAUUAGGAUUUCUUCUAGUGGUAUAAAAUGCUGCCUUUCCUCUUUUAAAAGCACACAUUGAUCCUUGCUUGUAUAUGCUCCUGAGCCCUGCUAAGUGACUCCCAGGACAGCUCUCUGUGAUCCGUUUUGUGACUUGUGUCGGCGUGUGCAACCCUGGUGGGCAUGAGCUGGUCAAGAGCCCAAGGAUUGCUUGCUCUGUAGUAUUCUGUAGCUUCUUGGCUAAUGUGCUUUCCCCCUUCUUCACACUUUUGUUAGGUGCUCCUACACUUUCCCGCCUUUUAGAAGCUGGUCCAGCGCAAUUCACCACAUCGCUUGCUUCCUUUUCUGCUGUUGCCAGUGAACCUCCAGGCAAACUCCUGCCUCCCCCUGUAGAGUCCGUGUCUCAGGCAACUCUAGUCAUGGUGCCCACGCUACAAGCACCAGCUGCUGUGCCACCCGCUGCAACUCCCGAAAGUGUAGCGACAGGUGCGUCCUUGCACUCGUAUGCCCGUCCAUACCUUGCAGAAGACUUUCCCUCUUAGGUUCGGUAGAAGGUCUAUGUGGAUGUGGGCUGUGGGUGUCUCUAAAAUCUGUAGCCGGGUGGUUGAUUUUGGGAUUCAUUGUGCCAGAGGCCCGAGGUUGUUGAGAAGAGUCCCCCUUGUGUUUCAGGCAGGGUGCAGGAACUGAUAAAGGAAAGAUGAUCGGGGGUGAAGUUAGCGAGCGAGCGGGAUAGAGCUAGACUCCGAUGCUAAGUGAUGGCUCCUGCUCUGACUCUUAUCAUUUGGGAGGGUGGGGAAAAUAGGGGCCAUCAGCCUGCAUGUGCCUUUAUUUGGGGCUGUAGAAUGUGUUUUGGUUUUCUUGAUCUGACCCAUGCUGCUGGUUGCUGCAGCUGCCAGGCUUUCACUUGACUUGUCACUCUUGUCCAGUGAGUCAGCCCAACACCUGUGUUUCCAUGGAGGCAGUGCCUGAUCCUCACACUGUGACAGUGUCAAUGGACAGCAGUGAGAUUUCCAUGAUCAUUGAUUCCAUCAAGAAAGAUUGCCUGGGCUCUGGGGCAUCUGGUGCUGUAGGGACUUCCAAAGACCACAGCAUUGAUGGGAAGGAAGACCUAGAUCUGGCUGAGAAGAUGGACAUUGCAGUUUCCUACACGGGGGAAGAACUGGACUUCGAGACUGUUGGGGACAUCAUAGCUAUCAUUGAAGACAAGGUAAAAUUAUCUAGAGGCUUGGUCAUGCCUCUCACAUGAAAUCAUAUCACAUGAAAUCAUAGUUAAAAUAAACUUCAUUUGUUUUAAACAAGGGUUAAACCUUGCUGGGUUCAGGUGACACUACAAGGUAUACCCUGGCUCAGCACAACUGGAGAGUCAUGAGGCAUCCACAAUUUUAGCAGCAUGUAGUAGCAUGCUGCUCAUUCAUAUUGUUUAAAUUACUGUUUUAAUGCGACAUGUGAACUAGACCUCUACUCUCCCCUUGUGUUUGGCACCCUAGCCUGUUGAAUAGAUGGGAUAGUGCAAGGACUUUCUUUACAUCUCCAUUGUUCUUAUGGCCUCUGAUUGUUGCCUGUAUCGCUGUUGGUAAAGGUGGACGACCAUUCUGAAGUCCUGGAUGUAGCAGCAGUAGAGGCUUUCUGUGAUGAGAUUGAGGAUCCUCAGUCACUGACCGACCCCUGGGAGCACCCACUCCAACGAGAGCACCCAAUCCAACAGGAGCACGAGAAGCAGAGUCAGAUCCCCCCAAUGGCUGUGACUGUAAAGCAGGAGAGACCAGACUGUGAGGAAUCAGAGACUAAGGGGAUCAGAGAUCUGAUGAGCAUUGGGGAUCUGGGAACAGAAAUAAAGACGGAACCUUCUGAGCAGGGACAGAUUCAUCUGAGCCCUGAGGAAGCUUCUGCACUAGCAACCAGAACAAGUGAAGCCCCUGAAGAUGAAGAGACACGGGUUGCUGGUCUGGAGUGCUCUGAAAUGGAGAUGGAAUCCUCAAAGGUUGAAAUGGAUCAUGGCACAGUGAAGACAGAGGUAAAUCGAUGAAGAGGCUUCUUGGAUAUAACAUGAAUGGGGAAUCGGUUGAUAGAUGAGGUAUGGGAGGAGAGAGGGAGCCCCUAGCUUGAAGCUGUUUUUCAGACUUAUGCUUAGUGCGCAGUAACAAGCAAAUUUGUUUGUUAGCCAAACUGACUUGACAAACAAACUGUAUUCACUCUCUGAAAUCUGUGCUUGGGCAUUCUUAGAUUUACCCCAAAUAAAAAUCUGGCAUGUAUAGAUUAUGCAAAUUGCUGAAAUUGGGGCAGGGGUUAUGGGUAUUCUUGUUUUGCUAGCCAGAAGGGAGUGGCAGUGAGUACUGAAGUCCCGUCCCCAGUCCCUCGGGAAUGUUCUUCAACUAUCCCUGUCACUUGGAAGACAUUACCCAGCAAGUAUAUUGUGCAGUCACCCUUUCUUUAUCAUUGAAAUCUGGAUUCACAGUCAGCUGAACACUUCAUUCUCCAUUUCUUUGUACUUGUGGGGCUAUAGUAUACACACAGUUUUGGCCAUAUGUUAGAUCCUUGGGGAGCCACUUGCUCAGGUAUGCAGAGCUUUGCUGUGGAUGCAGCUGUUUUGUUGUUCAGUUGCUGUCUGCCUUUAGAGUCCUGAUGGUAUAAAAUAGGACUUAAUGCUGAGUUGUGUAGGAAGCUGGUCCUGUUGCUCAUGUUAGGCCAUUCUUUUCUUUCUAGCUUCCCCCUGAUGAUGAUACUUCCUCCCCACAUGCUCCAAGUGCAAGUGAAGAUUCCUCACAAGCAGAUCUUCACCACAAAUAUGAGCUUUCAGGUAACCUGACUGGCUUGCUGGGGAAGGGGGAACUGGUUAGGGCACUGCUAGGGAGGGAGGCUUGUAUCUGACUGCCUGAAAUUAUUGGAGUUAAAAAAAUUUCCCCUUUUCCCCCCUUCCAGAAUCAAUGAAGGAAGAAGCCCAAGCUCUCUUUGAGAACCAACUGAAGGUAUUUUAUUUACCCUCGGAUUUCUUGACUUACAUGCAGAAUGAAAGUAGUAGUCAGCUAUUUGCAUCUGAGGCCAUAGGUGGAGAAUGCCAGAAUUAAUUUAGAGUGUGAUCCCAAUAUAUACCAGGUUCUCAAAAAUUACAGAUGAAAAGGAAAAGUUGAGUUAAUCUUUCUGCAGGCAGAGAUCCGGGCCUCCCUUGUAGCUAUGCUAUUGUGUGUUAAUAUUUAUUCCUAUCCUGUUUUUUCUGGCCAAAGACCCUCAAAAGAAUGAACAAAGUAUUGUGUAACAAAAUGCAAUAUAAUUAAUAUCUGGCAGCAGGCUGCACUGGGUGGGGGGAAGUAGUGGUGCAGGGAUUCAGGGCCGCUACCAGCUCUGCUGAGAAGCUAGGCUGCUUCCUUCAGCUCACUUAGCAGCAGCCAUUAACAUCCAACAGUGGGGGAGGAGGAGUGCAGGGCCAUAUCAUCUGAGCAGCUGAGAGACCAGCAAUUCUGGCAUCUGUUCGUGAAGAUUUCCACUCCAGCUGCCCACUGGAAGAAUUUGAAAUGAAGAAUUUAUACUUGAGUUUGUUUUUUCUUCCUCCCACCCAGUCUGUUUCCCUUUUGUGUUGUGUACCUCUAAAUUGUAAGCCUGUGGGCAGGGUCUCUUUGGGGAGGUUGGGGUAGGGAGAGUCCUGUUGCAAAAGUGGAAAUAAUUGUGCUAAUAGGAUGAGGUACCAUUCUUCGUCUUAAGCAUGUCAAAACCUGGCAACAAUACCAUCCAUAGAUUUUAAGAUGCUGGCAUAAAAUUACAGAAAUCAAGGGGAAGGUAGCAGAAGCUGAAAACCUCAAUUGUUGAAAAAGUCUUGAUGGAGAAGAGUGGGCUUUGCCAUCCUUCAAAAGUAGGAGAGGGAGGAAAAAACACCUGCCUUUUGAUAGAGGUGCCACUUCUGUGAAGGCCCUGUGACUUGGGGUGGGGGAAGUGGGACAGGGUCCCUUCUGUAAAUCUCAGCAAGCAGAUAGACUCGUGUGGGGAAGUUAGUUGAAAGGCAUUCUCCCUAAUCAUGCUUCCCUAGUAUGCUAGGAGCAGAUGUUUGUUCAUAUAGCUUUUCCUUUUCCUCUGCUGUCUUCUUUGGCAGCUGGUGCAGAUGCUGUUAUUGGCAGCUGCACCUUAGUUGUGCGACUUGAUUUGCUGGAAUCUUAAUCUUGUAUCUAAGGGUGAAGAGGAUGAGGAGGAUGGUGCCAGUGAGGCUGCCAGUCUGGAAGAGCCCAAAGAGGAAGAUCAGGGUGAGGGAUACCUCUCUGAAAUGGACAAUGAGCCCCCUGUGAGUGAGAGUGAUGAUGGCUUCAGUAUCCAUAAUGCGCCUUUGCAGUCUCACACUUUGGCUGAUUCCAUUCCCAGCAGCCCCGCCUCCUCACAGUUGUGAGUAUUGGUGAACCUACAACUACUCACUAGAUAGCCCAGAACAUGCAACUAGCCUGCUGAAAGUUGAGACUAACUUUGUCCCUUUGUACAGUGGUAUGUAGUGUGAAUUAGCUGAGACCCAUGCAAUGUAAUAGUCACCUUCUUCUUCUUCUUCUUCUUGUACUACUUCUUGGCUGUAUGGAGAAGCCUCAAGGUUAGACUUUUGCUUGCUAGGAGACCAGCAAACAUUUCUUUUUUUCUUUUUUGUUAACUUAGAUAAAUUUGAAGUAGGAGGGGAUGGAUGUUGGAGAUUGUGGUUAGUUGCUAGGCCAUAAUCUGUAUGCUUUGCUUUAGGAGCCUUUGGGUGUUCUUUUCUAAUAGAUGCCUUUUCCUCUUCAGCUCUGUUUGCAGUGAGGAUCAGGAGGCUAUUCAGGCCCAGAAGAUCUGGAAAAAGGCUAUUAUGUUAGUUUGGAGAGCAGCAGCCAAUCACAGGUGAAUCAACUUGAAUCCAGUGUCCAAGUAUGUAGAACAGGAAUGGGGAAGCUUUUUGGCUCCAUGGGCCAGAUCUUUUAUCAGGAUCUGCCUUAUGGGGCAAAUUUGACAGGUUGGCAGGGCCAUCCACCUUUCAAAAUCCCUUGUGCUUUGUGAGUCUCCCUGCGCUCCCCCUUUUUCAGCUACUGAUUGCAGAGGCUUAAAAUGGGAGCAGGAGGAGACUCAGAAACCCUUUUCCAAGUCUCUCUGCAGUUCCCAUUCAAGCCUCCAAGAUCGGGGACUUAAAAAGGGUGGAGAUAGACUUGCAGAAGGCCUUAAAACAGCGCCCACGUUCCUGUUUGAGUCUCUGGAGCCACAAAUGGGAGUGCAGGAGCUAUACUAAAGUCUUUGAAGUAACUUGGGAUUAAACUGCUGCCUUGACUGCAUGGACUAGUUCCCUGCUGGGAAUGCGUAGCCAAUGCAGGAUUAGACCCUGUCCUCCCACUCAUCAACUGAUGUCACCAGUGAUGUCAGCUGAUGGGUGUGUGGGUGGCCAUGGUUUGGGAGAAAUGACCUGGCAGUUCCCUACCCCCGAUGUAGGAAGAGGAGAGACUGCUGCAUGUGUCUGUUGUACUAACAUUCAUUCUAGAAGAGGCAUUUCCUUGUGUGAGAGAGAAAGGGGAAUGCCUCUUCUUAAUAGGGUGUUUGCCAUCUGCAGUCCUUAGAAGUGCUUGCACUUUAUUUUUAAAAAAUCUGCCUCAUUAAUUGGGCAUCUUUUUAGUUGAUUAAUUGCUUAGAUUAAUAUAUUUUAAAACUUUUAAUCAAUUAAAUGUUGCAACUCUAGGCAUUUCCAUGUGAGCCUUUAGUACAAAACCUGGCAAACGCCAUGAAAUUUUGAAAAACUAAGCUGUCAAAUUGAAACAUAAACCCUCAGAACAUGCCAGGUACUGAUGGCUAUGGGAGCAAACUGAAAAGGUAUUGAGUGAUCUUACCACAUGGGCAUCUGCAGCAGAAUUCUGGUAGCCUAUCUUCUAUGUUCAGCGGGUGUCAUAUCUUUGUGUGGUGCAAUUCACAGUUCAUCCAUCUGCCUGCAUAUCUGCUACUGCUCUAUGUGCAUAUUUCUCAAGUCCCAACUACACUUUGCCAGUUUGAUGGAACUGGUACAAAAAUAUGCAUAUAUAACACUGGUAUGUAGUUUCCUCUUUGUGUAUCUCCAGUCAUAGAAGGUGGAUUUUCAGGUGUAGAAUUCUCUUGGCUAUAGCAUAUUGAGCAAAUGAGUGGAGAGAAUGUUGAGAAACAGUUCUGUACUUCUGUAUGUGGAAGUUGUGUUACUUCCACUGACCUUGUAUGUACUCAAACUUUUAGUAGCUAGUCCUGUGUUACUCUCUUACACAUUUUUUGUUGCACAGGUAUGCCAAUGUCUUCUUGCAGCCCGUGACCGAUGAUAUAGCUCCAGGUUACCACAGUAUUGUACAGAGGUGAGUCACCAGUUUUUGAAUUACCGUAUUUUUCUCUCUAUAACACGCAGAUUUUUUCUCCUAAAAAGGAAGGGGAAAUGUCUGUGCGUGUUAUUGAGCGAAUGUGUGGUCCCUGGAGCCGACUAGGGCAAGCGCAGGAACAAAAAUCAGUCAAAAAUCAAAUCGCAUGUCGGAGAAGGGAAACCUGAAAAGAGGAAGCGGCUGCUUUCCUGCAUUCUGCCUCAGGGUCUUACUGCCCACCCGCUUGUGUUUCGUUGCUGUGUUUGCUCAAACGGAACAAAGAGCAGGCAAAUCCCCUCCCCUCCAGGCAAGCAGAGGGAAAGCAGAGCGUCCUUCCUUCUAAUUCCUCUCCCUGCUCCUCGCAGGCAGCCAGAAAACAUGCAGGUGGGAGAGAGGGAGAGAGAGGGCUGGCUUGGGUGGGGUGGGGGAACUUUUGCCUUUCUUUCUUUCCUUCCUCCCGUUAAAUCCCUCUCCUGCAUUCUUAUGCUCCUUGUCCCUUCUGUGUUUUUCCUUCCCUCCCCAUUUAAAAUGCAGUUACAAAGCGUGGAUCCACAUGGAUCCUCCGGAUCUCUGCAUUGGGUCACCCCAAAUUUACCAUCAGAUCACAUAGCAUGUCCAUGGCUACAGCCUGCCCCCCAAAAAUCACACACCCACUGUUGCUUGGGGCUGCAAUGGUGCAAAAACGUGGUUACAAAGCAUGGAUCCACAUGGAUCCUCAGGAUCUUUGCAUUGGGUCACCCCAAAUUCACCAUCAGAUCACAUAGCAUGUCCAUGGCUACAGCCUGCCCCCCCCAAAUCACGCACCCACUGUUGCUUGGGGCUGCAAUGGUGCAAAAACGUGGUUACAAAGCAUGAAUCCACAGGGAUUCUCAGGAUUUUUGCAUUGGGUCACCCCAAAUUCACCAUCAGAUCACAUGUCUGUGGCCACAGCAUGAAGCACAAAAAUGAUACAUCCACUGUUUCAUUCAGAAUUCCCCCCCCCUUGUUUCCCUCCUCUAAAAACGAUGUGCGUGUUAUGGUCAGGUGCAUGUUAUAGAGGGGAAAAUACGGUAGUGUUGAUGCCAUCUGUCACAGAUCUGUCCUGGACAUUAGUCAGCCUGCAGAUUUCAGACACUGCCAGCAUUUACCUGGGACAGUCUCUUCAAUCUAGCAUUAAUAAAGUUGAUCAGGUACAAUGAUCAGAUUCUUGGCAGAAGUGGGGAGAACAGCUAGUUUAGUUCUUUUUAAAUAUAUAUUUUUAGAUUGUAUUAAUAAAUUUAAUUUCUUCGGUAACGUUUGUCUGGUGUUUUAUUGACAGGCCAAUGGAUUUAUCAACCAUUAAGAAGAAUAUUGAGAAUGGGCUAAUCCGGACCACAGCAGAGUUCCAACGUGAUAUCAUGCUGAUGUUCCAAAAUGCUGUCAUGUACAACAGCUCUGACCAUGAUGUAUACCACAUGGCUGUGGAAAUGCAGCGAGAUGUCUUGGAGCAGAUUCAGGUAAAGCCACAGUCGGAAGUUUUCAGUGGGGCACUGUUCCUAUCCUGAUGUUGUAUGGGAAGCACUGAGUACACUAGGGAAGAUCUUUAUUGUCUCAUUAGCUUUUAAGAUCCUCUUGGAGGUUAAACCUGGUGUCUGACCAUCCCUGCAUGAUUUACCAUUCCUACGAUCAAUCAAAAGGAAUGCAGGCUUAGAAACAAACCAGUAAACUGAAGUUACCUCCAUUGUUUCUGUAGCAAGCCACUAAACUUGCAUUCAUGUUGAGAACCUUAAUAGCUAUUAUGUGGUUUCUUGCAGCAAUUUCUAGCCACACAGUUGAUCAUGCAGACGUCUGAGUCUGGGAUCAGUGCAAAAAGUCUGCGUGGACGAGAUUCCACUCGGAAACAAGAUGCUUCAGAGAAGGUGGGGGCUAACAAGAACCUUUGAUUUGUUUGGGGGAAGUUGUUUCAGCCAUUUGAUAGAUGCAUCCAUUUGAGGGGAGCAGAGAAGCUUUGGAAUCCUUCAUUUAGAAGUCUCUUUCGGAAUAGAAGUGGGCUUACCCUUUCGGUUUAAUUAGUAACAAAGAUGGCUGUGGCAGUCCCUCUCCCUUGCCCCCAUAGCCUGCAUUUUUCAAUAUCUAGUACACUGAAAAAUUAAUUUUUCCUUGAAGUUGAGGAUUGCUACCAGAUGAGGAGGGCUGGCAUUUCAGUGUGUGAAGAGCAGCUCUAUUCUGUUAUCUGAGUGGUGGGUUAGAGACAGAGAAGUCACUUUUCCAAAACUUGAAGUCAGGAGCCCAAUCGAGACAUGCUUUUUUGGUUUAGACCAGGGGUUCGCAAACUUUCUACCCCCAGCACCAAUUUGAGAUGACUGAACGUUAUUGAGGUGAACCAGUCAGAAGGUAGUGGCAGAGGGAGGAAGAGCUUGCCAUAAUUGGCUAGCAAAUUGCUGUCCUUGAUCCAUAGCUCACCUUUCCUCAAGCUAAGUACAAACAUUAGUCUGCAAGUAUUGUGGCUGUUUUCCCAUGUUAAGCCAGAUUCACUGAUUCAGAUAUUCUAAGUGGAGAAGUCUUUUUCUUUUAUAUUUUUCCCUUUCCACCUGCACCUGCAUUUUAAAGCAGUAUUACCCAUCUCUUCUUAUUCUCCUUUCACACUCAACUUGUACUUAUUUCCCCACCAACCAACCAACCAACUAACUCAAACUGCCUGUUUCAUUCCUCUUCUCUGGUCCUUUUACAUUCACUUUUUCCUAUAAUAGCUUUCCUUUCUUAGACCCUUCUUUUUUGUUCCCUUAGUAUCAAUAAUAAUAACAACAACAAAUAUUAAUAUUUUAUCUUACUUUCUAACUUUCUUCAACACCUCUUCUGUCCCUUUUCCCUGAGAGGAGGGAGACCUUCUUUACCUCCUCCCCACCUGAACUUUCCUGUGUUCUGAUUAGAAUUUGCUGGUGCUGUCUUUGGUCCAGCCAAAAGGCUAUAGUCCAGUUAGGAGGCAGGGAGGCAAGUGAGGAAGCACAGGGGAGGCUGUGGCACUGAGGAUGCUGGAAAGUGGCCCAAGGCCCUCUGGUGGGUCCCAGACCAUGGUUUGAGAAACAGUGGUUUAGACUGCCACGUUGUCUUGUCUUCUUGUCUUCCUGUGUGUAGAUGUGUAUAUUUCCAUCAAAUUCAUUUGCUACUUCUGUUUGUCUUUUAACAGGACAGUGUCCCCAUGGGCUCCCCUGCCUUCCUCCUUUCUCUCUUUGUAAGUACUUAAUGAUUACGCUUUCAGCAGCACAAUAACAAUAUGGGGACAUUGUCUGCAUGAUGAGGGGCUUUCUAAAAUUACAAUCAGACUAUGGUAUGUCUGGGUUGCUGAAACAUAAGAAAUGUCUCUACCCCCUUUUGCUUCAGUGUAUUGUUUCGUGAUUGGAUGUCUGGGGGAAAGUGGGGGACUUUUUGUUAUUUCUGGCUGCAGGCUGCUCACUUCCUUUCAUUUCUUCAGUCUGUCUCCUUCCAUUCUGGCUUUGGGUAGAUCACAAGACUCUACAUUUAAAAAGGCAACUCUUGCUUAGAGAGUAAAGUUACGCACUAAAGUCCACAUUGUAGAGUAAUAUCCUUGGCUUGCGGCUCUUCCCUUGUUUUCUCUGCAUCCUUAUGUUGGAUUUAAUUAUUCACAUCUAAAGCUUGGUUCCUGCCUUCAUAGCUCACAGGACUCUCAGAGCAGCUUUCUGUAAGACAUAACGCAACAAUAAAAUUGUGAAAUUAUUCCGAGAAUUGCAGAGGAAAAGAUCCCCAGGAGGGGUUGUCUCAAUAACAUCUUCCCCUGCUGUAAAGAGAAAUCUAGUUACAUAUGAGCUGCUGUUUCAUACAUCUUGCAACAGUUUGUGUUGAAGCCUCCUCCAAACUAUGGGAUAGUUCUAGACAGUGUACAUUGCAAGAAGACUAAAAUACAGUGUUUUGUUUCCAUGGAUGCAGCCAUGGUCCUAUAGUAAGAAAGCUGCUGUUCUGCCCAAAGAUGUGUUUUGGCAGGUUCAUCCUCCACCCAAGGGAAUGCGGGUAGGGAUUGUUUUCUAAUGCCUAUUUAUUAAAGACAGAGAAGCAUGAGGAAAGGCAGCCAGAUGGAGUGGGCAGCAGAUGGAAGUGAUCUCUCUAGCUUCCGUACAUUCACAGAGAGCCGCUGUGAGGACAUGCUAGGGAGAUAGUGGCAGGGUCACCCACCUGGAAGAGAACUUCUGUAAAGAGCAGCAAUUGAUCAGGUAUGUUAGCCGGCAUCCUUUCUGCCCACUGAAAGAAAUGACUUGCAACUUUUCACAUGGGGCAAACACAUCAUCACCUAUGCCAAUGCCAAAAGUCCAUUUCCCCCUUUCCCCUUUUGAGUUCACAUGUAAACUCUGUAGCUGGUUUCAUAAGGUAGUCCUCUGUGUUUUAGGAAGGCAAGUGGCACUGCCUGUCUGUGCAGUCAGUCUUUCCUGGCAACACAGAUGGCACCCAGCAGUCUUUCCUUUUGUCACAGUCUUGCUAAUAACAGUGCCUUCCCUUCUCUUUGCGUUUUGAUUAGGAUGGGGGAACCAGAGGGCGGCGCUGUGCCAUUGAAGCAGAUAUGAAGAUGAAGAAAUGAUGCUGAAGAUAGGAAACAGCCCAGUCUUUGGUGUCUGGACCCAGGAAGCAAAAUGAGAACCUUCCUGAUCCUGAGGAUAAAAUGGCUAUGGACAGGGAAGGGCUGACCUGUCAAUAAUAAAGAAUAUCUAUCAUCCUGGAAUGUGUAACCAGGGUAGUCCCAGAAACAAGAGAGCAGCCCCACUGCCUGUUGUAGGGCAGCAGUAUUGGGGUCCUAUUAGUGUCCUCAUAUUAGCUAGCAACUGGUGGCUAGUACGUACUGUAAUGUGAAGUGUACAGAUUUUUUGUAUUUGUGGAGUGUAAAUGUGUAUAAUAAACUGUAGUAGAGAAUCCUGCAGAGCAAGGUGUGCUGGCUGCAUUGAUUUAUUUACAUUACCACCCUCUCUAAGAAAAACUUGUUUGUAAAGACCUACACAUACUGUGAAUCAAUGUUUUGACUACAUAGUCCAGAAUGACAAAUCCAUCAGCUAGAUCAGACCUGCCAAGCAAUUUCAAACAGGUCUGCUAGCUCCCAUCUUCUUCCCCAUCAUAAAGAGAAGUCUCUCCUCCCAGCCCAGGUGCUGAAAAAAUAGUUGCCUCUGCUCUUCAGAGAUCAAUUGCUGAAGAGCAAAAGGAAACAAUUGGAUUUUUCUUUCUGGAGGAGUUUGAGCUAGUCUAUCAAACCCAGUUCUGUGAUAGAUGAGUUUCUACCUGUCUCUGGGUGCAGGAUAGUCACAUCAAUGUUGGCCAUGGCCCUCUGCUGGCAUGUGGUAGUCCAUUACUGUCUCUUCAUUGGCAGAGGUGUGCUAUGUGUGCCCAGAGACACCGUAAUGUUUCAAAACAUGAGGUCAUAGCAAGGAGGAGAGAGCACGGAGCAGCAGCCUGGCUGCCUCAGGUGACACAACCCACAGGGAAGCGGCUAUGGGGGGAGAGACUAAGGCAGAAGUGGGGAGGAGGGAAGCAGACAGAGAGACAGAAUAAAAAGCCUAGAAAGGAACUGCAGUUUCCUCCUUCCUUACUGUUGCUGCUGGAGCUAAGUAUCCCACCAUUGCUUACAGAUGCAGGCAGAAGCUGCAGCCUUUUUCUUUUGCCUGUGUCUGUUUCAUGGCUCUGUCUCCCUCCAGGCACCACUUGCCACCUUCCUAGGACAGGAAGAUGAUGAAACUAUAAUCUGUUUUGGUCAAUUUGGUUUAACUCAUCUGUUUAAAGGUCGUGACAUUUUGUUAUCACGGCAGCAAAAAAUUGGUAUUUUUUGUUUAGUUGUUAAUUUAAAAAGUUACAUUUUAGUUGCUUCAGUUUAUCAAACAAUGUCCUUUAUGAUUAUGUAUUCAAUAAAUAUUCAUCCUUGGAAAAAAUGCAAAAACCCUGCAUACACACCCUCAUUAAAUGUGCUGCGCACAGCUAUGCUCAUUGGUAGUGACUUUGCAAGGCAGGGAUGGGGAGCCUGUGGCUUUCCAGAUGGUGUUGAACUUCAACUCCUGUCAGCUGUCUGCUGACAGCACUUGAUAGAAGUUGGAGUCUAACAACAGGAUCUCCAUGCCUGAUCCAAUAUCAUGGAUAGGUUUCCCUUCCCAGCCCUGCUACCUAAGAACUCUUUCUCCCUUGCCCACUUUUCAAACUGGAGACGCCAAAGACUUGAAACUAUGAUUGUUUAGGUCUUAUAGGGGCAGCCAGCUGGUGUGCAGAGGUCUUCAUUGUGGUUCAUACCUUCUGGGAGUGACAUGUCAUUGUUGGCUGCAGCCAGAGACAAACGUGCUCAGAGAAAUGGAUGUGAUUUUUCACCUUUGUACAGUAGGCUACAUUACAACUGUGUGGAUGUUUCUAUACACCUACAGUACACCUGUCCUCCAUACAAGCAAGCAAGACACAUUUUAACCCAGCAAAAGCAGUCAAGGAGGGCACAGGAAAAUAAUAUAAUAAUAUUUUAUUUAUAUUAAGACAGUCUGGGCGGCUUCCAACACAUAAUAAACGUUAAUAAUAACAAUCUGAUCCAAUAUAAAAAAAUCACAACUUUAAAAUAGACAACUUAUAUCAAACAAAGCAACAAUCAACAAUCAGGAUCUAAUAAUACACAAUAAAAUUAAACAACGGCAAAUAAUUAAACAGAUCACACAUACCGCAAUAAAGAAUUCACCAAUCUAUAAUCAAUAAAAAUAACAGCAAAUCACAAUGCAUGAAAACCAUAAAACAUACAAAACCGUGUAAAAGGAUCAAAUUGAAAAACACAAAUUAUAAAACUACACCCACACCCACCCACCCACACAUAUAUCCCUGAAAUCAUCUCUUCCUAGCUGCUGCUGUUCUCAAAGUCACAGUCUGGGAAAGGCUGGGUGGGGCAGAUGGAAACAGCAGUGCCUGAGAAGGAACAGAAAACACAUGAGGGAUGUGGGCUGAGGAGGGGAAGUGGCUGGGGGACAGUCCUGAGAGUUGGAUAGAGAGCCCUGGGGACCCACCUAGGGCUCCUCAACCUCAGCUUCUCCACCACCUUUUCGACCAUGAGAUCUCAGCAAACGCUUCAAUGUGUUCCUCCAAAACAUAUGUCUACUAAAAUGUAUAUUGUCACCAAUGAGAGUAAAAUAAGAAACCGUCAUGUUUUAAGACAUCCUCAGGUUUUGUCAGCAAAAACAACUUACUGAUUUUCUCCAUCCUGAAGACUCUUUCAGGGAUAAUCAAAAGAAUAACUGGAUAAUCACCAGUUAAGUGAUCCCAGCAUAAGCAAUACAGUUUCCCCAGGGUGGUGUUAACGGAAGGCUUUCAUGACUUUCACCUGCAUUCACCUGCAGCAUCUUUAUCUCCUCCUUUAAACCUAGAUAAAAUUUUGAGAUCUUGACUUCUAGACACACUGGGUUGUAAUAAGGCAGUGGCUUCCAACUCUUUUGCAAAAUUGUGCUAUCAAUGGAUUAUAGUUCUUAGAAAGGAUCUGCCUUUUCUAUUUGCCUUGCAUUGAGAGAAAUCCACCUCUCCUCCUUUACCUAUUAUGCAGGAACAUUGGAAGCUGCCUUGUACCAUUCUAGACAAUUCGCCCACCUAGAUCAGUACAGUCUGCGUUGAUUGGCAGUGGCUCUUGAGGGUUUCAGGCAAAGGACAUUCCUACCCGUACUUGGAGAUAGCAGGGUUUGAUCCUGGUCCCUUCUGCAGGCAAAGCAGGUGCUCUGCCAUUGAGCCACUUCUGGGUUGCCCUGUUCCCAAUCCCCACUGCUAGCAAAGCUGGUUAUAUAACCCAAGGCUUCAGCAACCCACUCCUGGCUUACCAUUUGGAUUGCUGUGGGACUUGGCAGAUGUGCAGUGCCACAUAGACAAUUAGAAGCUAGGGAUAACUUUUGGUUAAAGUUCUCUUUCAAGUCACAGCUGAGAGCAUUACCACAAUAGAUUGUGUAUUUCAGGGUUUGAACUUGGCUCCUUUACUACCUGCUCGACACCUGAUCUGAUCUGAAGCUAGCACGUGAGCGAGUGACAAACCCUCUUCCCAUCUCAUGUACCUCUUGUAGAUGGGUCACGUGUGGACCUGGCUGGAGUCCAAAGAUGAAUUCUUCACGGAGUCUGAGAAGAGCAGCAGCUGCCAGUCUCCCCAGGGCUCCACAGGCUCUAGCUCAGAUCUUGACCUGGAAGUAGGCUGCUGGAGAAAGGGGGAAGAAACUGCUGAGGAGGAGGUCGAGGAGAGCAGCAGCCAAGAGGAGGAGAGUCAGCUGGGAACGAGUGGUCCUCUGGCAUGGGAAGGUGCCAGCAGAGGGGACCAAGAAGAGGCUGGGAGGUACAAGCAGGAUGCUAUCUUGAGGUUCCUGUCAGAGGUAUGGCUGCUGAUGGGUGCAGUUGAGGAAAAGGCGGAGGUGGUGGUGGGUGACCUUGUCAAUUAGAGGGGACUGCUGAAAAAAUAGUGCUCCCAGCCAACGUGGCAGACUGGCCAUUUCUGUAUGCAGUUGGGUAGAGAUAGAGGUUCAGGAUAAAUGUGUUGACAAGGGUUGGUGUCUGCCCUCUAAUUCAAAAGUGGAAGGGUGUCUUUGCCCAGAUGCACUUCUAUUCACAUGCCCAUGGAGUGUUAUUCUGUGUUUUGGCUGCGUCUCUAUCCUAUGCCCGUUAAGACAAAAGAUGUGUUGAAUGGACAGAUCUGCAUAUAGUUCUGUAAUGUCACUAAUUCUGUAAUGGUCUUUUUUUUUUUUUGCAAGUAAAUUUUUAUUCAGAAUUUGUAUAAAGAAAAGAAAAAAGAACUAACAAAUACAAAAAUAAACAUUUUAACAUAAAUUAUUCAUCCUAUUUUCAUACUAUACAAAAAGAAAGCAUAUGUUCAUACAAAAAAUAAUAAUAUAACCAUUAGGCUCUCCUUAGCCUUUGACUUCCCUUCACCCUUUUGGUAAGUAUCAAAUAAGUCCCGGGUUGCGUAAUUAGUUUAUUAAAGUUUAUAGUUAUUAGCUGAUAAAGUUUUUCUAAUACCGCCAGUUCCUCCUAUAUAUCCGUUCCAAUAUAUUUCCAAAACUUACUCCAAUUUUUUUGAAAUUUCUGGUCGUCUUGGUCUCGUAUUCUGCCUGUUAAUCUAUCUAGCUCGGCAUAGUUGAUCAUUUUGACCUGCCAGUCACUUAUGUUAGGAAUAGUUUCUAUUUUCCAGUUUUGUGCCAGCAUAAUUCUUGCGGCUGUGGUGGCAUAGAGAAAUAUUUUUUAUCUUCAUUUUUAUUUCCUUACCCAUUAUUCCCAGCAAAAAGGCCUCAGGUCUCUUGGGAAAAGUGUAUUUAAAAACUUUUUAAGUUCAUUAUAAAUUGCUUCCCAAAAACCUUCACCUUGCUGCAUUGCCACCACAUAUGGUAGAGGUCUCCCUCCCCUUCACCACAUUUCCAGCAUGUCUUAUUUUCUGAUCUAUAGAUUUUAGCCAAUUUUGCCGGCGUAAGAUACCAUCUAUAGAGCAUUUUCCAAACAUUUUCUCUCAAACUCGUACAGGCCGUAAAUUUAAUGUCUCUAUUCCACAAUUUCAACCACUUUUCAAACUCGAUGUUAUAACCGAAGUCAAUUGCCCAUUUAAUCAUUGCCUCUUUGACUUCCUCGUCUUUUGUAUGCCAUUCCAGUAAUAUGUCAUAUAAUUUAGACAAUGUUUUGUUUUUGCCUUCUAUUAUUUCUAUAUUGAAUUUUGAUUUCUUGUCCUCAAAGCCCAUUUUUCUUUUAUCUUGUUUUAACAUAUCAUUCACCUGAUGAUAUUGUAACCAGCCGGUGAAUUGAUCCUUUAUUUCCUUUAUUUCCUUUAUUUCCUCAUACGGUUUAAGUUUAAGCCCUUGUUCUGAUUUUCUUAGCAAAUCUUCGUAGGUGGCUGUCUUCCCUUCCAUGUUGGUUUUUUUUAUUGUUAAGACCUCUACUGGUGAAAUCCACCAUGGUGUUUUUCUUUCGAGAAGGUUCUUAUUUCUUUCCCAGACCUGAUAUAUUGGUCCCCUGAAAAUAUGGUUUAAGAAAGCCCUGUGGACUUUCACCUUCUCGUACCAGAGAUAUGCGUGCCACCCAUACCGGUUAUUGAAACCUUCUAAAUCCAGUAGGUCUCUGUUCUCCAAUUUUAUCCAAUCUUUUAACCAAAGUAGGCACGCUGCUUCAUAAUAUAGGCUCAAAUCUGGGAGGGCAAAACCUCCUCUUUCCUUUUUAUCAAUUAGUAUUUUCAUUUUAAUCCUUGGUCUUUUCCCCUGCCAGAUGAAUUUCAUCAGGGUUCUCUGCCAUUCUUUACAUUGUUUUAGACCUUUAAUAACUGGAAGAGUUUGAAAUAAAAACAACAUCCUCGGCAAAACAUUCAUUUUAACCACUGCUAUCUUCCCUCAAAGGAAAAUUUCAUCCUCCCCCAUAUUUCCAUAUCUUUCUUUAUUUUUUUCCAUGUAACUUCAUAAUUAUCUUUAUAUAGGUUUAUGUUUUUGCCGUAAUCCACACUCCCAAAUAUUUCACUUUUUCAACACCAUGAUUUCCACUUUUUGUUCUAGAUCUUUCGUUUCUUCCUUAGUUAGAUUUUUAACCAGCAUUUUAGUUUUAUUCUUGUUUACCUUAAAACCUGCCACCUCUCCAAAUUCCUCAAUUUUUGUAAUGCUUCUUUUACACUAUCUUGUGGAUCUUCCAAAGUCAAAACAAUAUCGUCGGCAAAGGCUUUAAUUUUGAAUUCCUUCUUUCCUACUCUAAUUCCUUUCACUUCUGUUGCCUCCCUCAGUCUCUUAUUAAGUACUUCCAAAAUUACAAUAAAUAAUAAGGGGGACAGGGGGCAACCUUGUCUGGUCCCUUUAUAAAUGUUAAAAUAUUCUGUUGUAUUGUUGUUUAAUGGUCUGUAAUUCUGUAAUGGUCUUAAGCUGUUUAGCCUGUCACCCUCUCUUCCAGGUAACACAUUUGAUGGAGCCCCUUUGCAUUGGCAGCACAUACCUGGCCCAGGGUCCACAGGCACUUUGCAGUGCUGGGGAGCUGCCUGGAAGGGGAUUGCUGGAUCAUGAAGGAGACAUAAAGGGAUCUGUGACCCACCAAGAGGAGGAAGUGGCUAAAGGAAGUCAGCUUCAGGUUCUGAAAAAGAGAGCUACUUCCCAGGGAAGGGGAAAGUUGGCAUUUCAGGUCUCAGAAGAGUUGCCAGUUAUGAACUGGGAAGCAGAAGGAAUGGAAGAGCAACAGCAUCUGUGUGAGGAGUCAGGAGACUCUCAGAUUCAAGAUGACAAUCCUGAUGGGGAUUUGGAAAAGAAGAUGCUGCAUAGCCUUGUGGAAAGUGCAGGAGAAACAGAUGAAGAUGACUACUCAUUAGAGCUUACAAAUGAUACUUCCUUCAGUUGGAGAACGCUGAAGGAUGGGGUGCCACAAAACGUAGAGGUAAGUGGUGAAACUCUCACAAGUCGAGUUUUAGGUCUCUGUCUCUGUGCCUCAUCUCCCCAUUUUGGGAUAGAGGUCAUAUUCUUUGGAAAGGAGAAGCACAGUGAAGUGAAAGUUGAUAAGCACCAAGGGAAAGAAGAAAUCUGUGAGCUAGCCAUGAUUGUUGGUGGGAAGGGGGAAAGUGAGAACAAGUUGCUUGGGAGGGCUUAGCUGCAUUUUCAGGUGGGGUGGAGAAAAGAUGGAUCCACCCAGUUAGAAUCCUUGUAUCUUCCAUCAUGGGCAUCUGACCCUGAGUUUGAUAUUCCAUUUGUUACUUUGCCAAUUCAGCUCAUGCCUAUUUUGUGUUCACCAGGAAGUGGCUGCGGAACGCACUGAAGAACAAGCUGAAGACUGGAAAGAUUGUGACUUCCACCUGAGUUACAGCAACGAUGACUCCAGUCCCUAUGGAACACCCUUGAUGAGCUCUCCUACCACAAGUACAGCUUCUUUGCCUUUGUGAGUAAUGGUGGCACAAAGCUCAGAAAUGGCAUCAUGCCUACUCUUCAGGCUUAGUACUUUAAGUGUAGCCAGUCAUCUCUCCGUGCAAUCCUGCACAGGUCUACUCAGAAGUAAACCCCACUGAGUUAUGUGGGCCUGGCUCCCAGCUAAGCUUAUAUAUAGGGUUGCAGCCUAAAGCUCCCUCUAGAAGAGGCGCGGGGAACUCUUUGUUAGGAAAUAACUGGGGAAUACUAGUUAAUCCAGAUAUUCCAUGUGUGGGGGAAACUACAAAAGAAAACAAAAAACGGCUGACUGCCUGAAUUAAAAAAACAUGGGGCUGACUCACUCUGUAGUCAAAAGGGCCCCCAGCAGAGUUUAAAACUAAAAUAUAUGCAGUGUUUGCAAAGCGUGGCAAAUAUAGGUUGUUAGACCUUUAAAUGUCCCAGUAUUAAGCACUGGGUACUAAUUGUGUUCCCCUGUCUCUACCACUCUCAGAGUUAAUAGAGCACAAACUUUCAUAAGUUUAAAUGCUUUACUUAUAUUAAGUAAAGGUCACACUCAUGCAUCAAUCAAUGCUACAGAAAAAACAACACAGGUAAAAACUUAUUGAGUACAAAAUACGAAAAGGGUACCUUCAAGCAUGGAGUUUGGACAGGGAGCGCCAGCCUCAUGUGUCUGGUCAGUUGCAUGGUUCAAAAAGAAGAGGGAGAGAGGAGCAGGGAACAAACAAUACUUCCCUCCUCCUUGAAGGUGAGGGGGUGUAUCUUAGCUGUGCCUUCUCUAGAAAUUUACAGUUCUGUGUUCCUUAACCCCUUCAUUUACUAACUUUCAUUGGUAAGUUGUACAAAUUUCUUUUUCCAUCGGGGGCUAACAAACCUUAGCUGCAUCACCGGUCCAAUAACACGUUUCAUCCCACCAAUUUCUUUUUCCUGAUGGGAAUAAAUCUGUUCUGUUUCUUAUCUGUAUAGGAUGCGGCUGAGCCAAGAUGACCCUCUCCAGCAGCAUUUGCUUUUCAAAAAAACUUUGUUGUCCAUCUGGAAGAUGGUGGCUGGCCACAGGUGUGUUAUUAAGGUUUAUGGAGGCGAAGAGGACUAAGGCUGCAUCCACAGUAGCACAUCUUCAUGGCUGCUUGAUACUAACCAUUCAAGAGCUAGUGCAGGUCACACAGCAUCUUGCGAUUUGUCUGUGUCUGCAUGCCACUUCCUGUGAGGAUCCUUUUGCACAGUCUGGUCUAGACUGAAAUCUCCUGCUGUCCCACUUCCUGACGCUGCAGUUUUCCUCUUUCAAAUUGCUUCCUUUCUUGGAGUGGUGUAGCGUUGCAUCUAUACAUUCAGUAACCUAGGCACCUUGCUUAUUGCAUUUACUGCAUCUGCUAAUUUUUUUUAAAUAGCAGAAAUCGUAUCAGACUUGCUUCAUGAUCCUAAAAUCCAAUACACUCCUGAGAUUAUCACCCUGGGGUUUUUUUUUUUGGCAAGCAGCAUCAAAUUUAUUAAGGUGUAUUUGGGUAAACAGGAGCGACUGCCCGUAUCUGGUGGUUAUUAAGAGGGUGAACCAUGUGUGUAAGGUGAGGGGUGGGUGGAUUGAAAUUUAAGAGGAGGAAAUAUAUAAAUAGAGGAAAUGUGCCAAAAUUUAGUACUGAUACAGUGAGAGUAAACCUAAGACUUUAAAGCCUGCAUGGAAAGACCAGAGUUGGAUACUGAGGGAGUCAAAGCUCAAACAGAAGAAUGUUGUGGAUCAAGCUCAGAGAGAACUGGUGAAAAUAUGGGGGAAGACACUGGGAUCCCAGGACCGAAGCCCGGAGGAAAUGGAGUGUCCUAUAUGUAUUAGGGUUAGGAAUGUAGGAAGCCACCUUAUACCAAAUCAGACCAUUUGUCCCUCUAGCUUACCAUUGUCUACUCUGACUGGCAGCUAUCCUCCAGGUUUCAGACUAGGGACAUUUUCAGUCUUGUCUGGAGACUGAACUGCAAUCAUUUGCAACCAAAGCAGAUGUUCUUCCAUUGAGCUACAGCCCUUCCCCGUAAUUAGAAUUGGAAGAUGGAACAACAGCUGAAUGUGUCCCUUUUUCUCAGCCCAUCCUGGCCUGAUUCUCUUGGUCCGACAUUAUGCAUACACAGCAUUCAGAGCUGCCCCCUGUAAAGCACAAACCUGUGCAUGGUUCUACCCUGAGCAUUUCACCCUUCCUUUCUAUUUAUUAUAUUGUGAUUUCUUAGCUGAUUGACUUCCAUCUGCCAAUCACUGUCAUCCCCACCAGUCAUUCUGAGAUACAAAAAAGGGUGUGGCAUGAAGUCCGGUGGUGAGUCAAGGGGUUGUGUAAUGCACAUGGGGAAGCCUAUUUAGCUCUCUUCAUCUCUGUCUCCCCCUUAGAUACAGCGGCCCCUUUCUGAAGCCCGUUUCCGAGAAGCAGGCUCCUGGUUACAAAGAUGUGGUGAAAAGGUCAGCUGAGAAAGUGGAGGGAGAGCUGGUACGGAGAAUAAGGCUGUGGAGUGGCUACAAGUCACAACAACUGCCAUGGUUGCAGUUCCAGCCGAAUUGUCCAAUGCCAGAGUCUAUGAUAAUGUUACGGGAUCAGUUUCAGCUUAUGCAGUCAAGUUGAUAUGGAUAAGAUGCUGGUGGCAAUACGUCUGCCCACAUGCCCUCUUCACCCCUGUCCCUCCUAGCUUCUUAAAUCUACCAGAGGGGGUUUGAUUCCUUGGGUCCAAGGCAUGGAGAACAUUUUAUUGUGUGAUGGGGUGGUUCCAGUUGCCUUGAAAGAGAUGGUGGUGUGAACACUCUUGAAGAAACUGGCCCUGGGCCCUUCAGACUGGAAUAACUACCAUCCAGUUGCAGCUACCAAUUUCUUGGUGGUGGAGAGAGUAGUGGCAGGGCAGCUGCAAGCAUUCUUGGACGACACAGAGCAUUUAAACCCAUUCCAAUCUGGAUUCAGGCUUGGCUAUGGGACCGAGUCAUCCUUGGCCACCUUUACAGUGAGCAGGGCAAGGGUAAUGCAGCUUUGUUCCUGCUUUUCUGGCUCUCAGCUGCGUUUGAUACCAUUGUGCAUAUAGCCUCUUGGACUGGCUCCAUGGAAUGAGAAACGGGGGGUUCCAGUCCUACCUACAUUGAGAGAGUACUUUUUGGCCCCUUUGGUGGUUAAAUUAUGGGAUGCUGCCAGGCACUAUUUUAUCCCCUAUGCCAUUGAAUACCUAUAUGAAGCUGUUGGGAAGCAGUCAUUAGGCAUUUUGGAGCCAGAUGCCAUCAGUAUACUUAUGACACUCAGCUCUAUUUCUCCAUAACAUCUGGAUCAGGAGAAGCCUGCCUGGAUGCAAUGGUGGGAUUGAUGAGGUUCAUGAGUCAGUCUCCCAUUCCCUCCCCUCACCCACCCAAUAAUUAUUAUUGACUGAAAAGCAGUGAGGUAGAGGAUGGGAUUGGGAUUGGGACUUUAGUACUGGGGUAGAUUCCCUUAACAUGAAUCACUCCCCCAGAGGCUAUUAUUUAGAUGAGAAAAGACAGUCGCCUGUAUUGUACCCAUCUUCCUAUCUACCCACUCUGUAGAUAAUAGCAGCUUGAGUGUGUGAUUUAUGUAUUAAGAAGCAGUAUGGGUAUGUGAAGGGUUAAACCCACCCCCAGAAUCAUCAUAGACCUGAUCCAAAUUGAGGGAAGGGGCUGAUUUCAACCAAAGAAAAGUAUGUUUGAAGAUUAAAUCCACUGUACAACACAAGCCAGUAACUGCCACCAUCCACUGAUGGAGGAACAGAAAUUCUUACUCUAAGGAUUGGAUAUUUCCUUUGAGAGCUAUCUAGGCUACCAAGUUAAAAUUCUGCCAGUUUCCAAUCUAUAACCACCCAAAUCCUUCUCCGAGAGACAAUGUAUUUUUUUUCUUAAGAAGUUGGCCAAAAUGACAGACAAUUGCAACUCACUUCUCCCUCCUUUCUGAAGGCCAGCUGAUCUUUCCUCCAUAAAGAGGAGCCUCUCCAAGGGCCGCAUUCAGAAUAUGGUGCAGUUCCAGCGGGAUCUCAUGCUGAUGUUCCAGAAUGCCAUCAUGUACAAUAACUCCAACCACCAUAUACAUCGCAUUGCUCUGGAGAUGCAACGAGAAGUCCUGGAGCAGCUUCAGAUGCUGGGCGAGGCACUCCUGUGCUCGGAAGAAAUGCAGGGCUUUGUGAGAAGGUGGGAGGAUUGUGUUCAAAGGGGAACAACCACAUCAGCCUCCCCUUUGCCAUGUUCCCAUACCUGUAGGGAACAAAUGAGUGGAAAUCCAACCAUUCACAGGAUGUAUGGCAUCUCUGCUUGUGUCUCCCAAACAUGAGUGCUAUUCAUCUCAAGGUGAAAGCCUCGUCCUUAGAUUUCCCAAUAAUGAGUAGAAUUUUCUGCCAACCUGCAAGGCAUAAAGGUAAAGGUAAAGGAGACCCCUGACUAUUAGUUCCAGUCGUGACCGACUCUGGGGUUGCGGCGCUCAUCUCGUUUUAUUGGCCAAGGGAGCCAGCAUACAGCAUGUGGCCAGCAUGACUAAGCUGCAUCUGGCAAACCAGAGCAGCACAUGGAAACACCAUUUACCUUCCCACUGGAAUGGUACCUAUUUAUCUACUGGCACUUUUGAUGUGCUUUCGAACUGCUAGGUUGGCAGAAGUUGGGACUGAGCAACGGGAGCUCACCCUGUCACAGGGAUUCGAACCGCCGACCUUCUGAUCGGCAAGUCCUAGGCUCUGUGUUUUAAACAACAGCGCCACCCGCGUCCCUUCUAUAUGCAAGGCAUAUAGAUGAUUAAAAAUUCACUUGGCUCCCUAAGCAGGAACAUAGGAAACUGCCUUAUAUCAAGUCAGACCAUUGGUCUGUCUAGCUUAGCAUUGUCUAUGGUGAUGGACAGUGGCCCUCCAAGAUGUCAGACAGGGGUCUCCCAGCCCUGCCUGGAGAUGCCAGGGAUUGAACCUGGUACUUUCUGUGGCCCUUCAUAAUGAAGUUUAUGUAGGCAUAGAUACAGGCUAUUCUGGAACAUGAUAAAUCCUUAGGGAACUGAGAGAUUUGCUGUCUUUCUUUCAAUUUAUAGAUGUUGAGGAGCCAGAAGAAUCAGGCUAGUCCAGGGGCGAGAAGCUGGAUUUCAACCUUGCUACCUUCAGUCUGGCUCUACGGAAAAGUUGUUGAGAUAACCACAGUUCAGCAGUCUGAUGCCCCUCCACUUCCCUUAGAGCUUUUGUUAUCUAUUAUAUGUCCCAAAGUAUUAGUCAUAACAGGUUUAUAUGUAUUAGAGAAGUCAGUUUUUAGACUACAGAUACCAUGUUUUUUCCUGUUGUUUAUUCCUGGAACCGUGCUGUCUUGUCCUCACCCAGGAGUCUCAGUUGAAGUUUAAUGGAUGAAGAAGAAAGUUAAAGAACCUACAAGCCAUAGCACAGGCAAGACUUGUUGUCCCCCAAAGCUAAGCCCCGUUUUUGGUAGCAGGCACCAACAAGGGGCUGUAGAACGUACAUUUCCAGAAAAUAAAUGUUAUGUUGUGU